UCAGAGGCCUUGUGGGAAGGACCUCAGCGGGGGCCGAGCGCGCGGGCCAUGGCCGAGCCCCCGGGGGCCGGCCCCGCGGCCCUGCGCGUAGCUGCCGCUGCCAACUGGCUGGUCGUGCGCCGACGCCGCGUGGAACAUUUCCCACGGGUGUUGGAGUUCCUGCGGUGUCUGCGCGCCGCAGCUCCUGGAUUGGUUCGCUACCGCCACCACGAGCGCCUGUGUAUGGGCCUGAAGGCCAAGGUGGUGGUGGACCUGAUCCUCCAGGGCCGGCCUUGGGCCCAGGUUCUGAAUGUCUUGCAUCACCACUUUCCAGAGUCUGGACCUGUCGUGCGGGACCCCAAAGCUACCGAGCAGGAUCUGAAGAAGAUCUCAGAGGCACGGGAAGCCUUCUGCCAGCAGGUGACGUUGCUGGCAGAGGCCCCUGUGGAUUUGGCUUGGAAGUUGCAGGAACUUGAACAAGAGUAUGGGGAACCCUUUCUGGCUGCUAUGGAAAAGCUGUUUUUUGAAUACUUGUGUCGGCUGGAAAAAGCACUGCCUACCCCACAGACACAGCAGCUUCAGGAUGUGCUGAGUUGGAUGCAGCCUGGAAUUUCUAUCACUUCUUCUUUUGCUUUGAGCCAAUAUAGUGUGGACAUGGGGUGGCCACUCCCAGAGUGCUCUGUUACUAAUUCAGUGAACAUGUCAGAGCCCAUGGAGCCCAGUCCUCAGCAACCAAGACCAGCACUCCAUCAGCCUGUGCCAAAAGCCAAGCCUGGCCCACACCUUCCUCACAGAGCAGCCUCAAGAAAGCACCCAGAACCUUUGGCUGGCCACCACUUCAAUCUGGCCCCUCUAGGCCAGCGAAGAACCCAGUCCCAGUGGGCAUCCAGUAGGGUAGGCCAUAAGGAGCGCCCCACAGUCAUGCUAUUCCCCUUCAGGAAUCUGGGUUCACCAACCCAGAUCAUAUCUAAACCUGAGAACAGGAAAGAACAAGGGACACACAUGGCAGUUCCAGCAGGUGACGUCAGCACGAGAACAGCCUCCACUGGAAAGUCUAGGAGUCCAUCCCAGACCCUGGGCAGAGGGACUGUGAAGGAGAACCCAGCUGACUUGUCAGCCUCGGAGCAAAAGGAGGAUUGCUGGGACUGCCCCAUGGAGCCCCUGAGACUGUCAUUAUCACCUCCUAGGGCCAGGAAGCCAGUGUGUCCCCCAUCUCUGUGCAGCCCUGUCAUUACCAUAGGGGACUUGGUUUUGGACUCUGAUGAGGAAGAAAAUGGCCAGAGGGGAGGAAUGGAUCCUCCUCCGGUGCCCUCCCAGUGUCCUUACCGAAAGCCUUAGCCACAUCCCCAGGAGCGCUGCAGCCUCCAUCCUGCAAAGUAAGAAGCAAUGUGAAGAAACAGCAUGGAUUUCCCAAGCCCUCUCAGCAGUGUCCCAACAGUCCACCUCAAGGCUGACAGGAACCCAGGAGUCCUGAUCCACCUCUAUCAGAGCUUCCAUACCCAGUAGAAAACCCAGAUGUUUGGCAGCCUCAUGCCCUGCUCUCCCCUUGGACCUUACUGAAAUGAUGUGGCCUUUGAGGCCAUGAGCAGCAUCUGCACACUCCAUCACUGCACUAAGCUGUGGGUACCCUACUCCAGUUUUCUUCCGGGUGGUACACACAGAGCCUGAGAAGAAUGACAAGGAUGAGAGAGAAGUGCUCCAUAGCUCUGUGCCACUGAAAAGAGCCAAUCUCCCCCAGUAAGCCAGCUUACCUGGUCCAAUUCCCACUUUGAUGAUGUCAGCACCAGAGAGGAUCAGCUCUUCCACCAUCUCUCCUGUUACCACAUUCCCUGCCUAAGAGCAAUCAAAACAGCAUUCUUAGGGUCAGAAAUGAAGAAGUUGUGUGCUCUCAUAUGUAGCAGGCCUGGACCAGGUCCUUCCAACAUUAUUACAAAGAAGGGUACCUGGCUUCCCUCUGCUGGGCCCUCUGAGAGCUUUUAGAUCAGCCACUUCAAAGGAUCCUGCUUCCCCAGGUGAGGUAAGGGGGUUAGUCACCAGUGUCACUGUUGCAUUAGGGUAAAGCUGGGGUCCAACUGGACCAAGAUGAAUUCUGAUUUACCAAAGAGACCCAAAAAUGUCCUGCCCUUAAGCUGUUAAGUGAUAAAACCUCUCUGGCUUAGGGGAAAGGGGAAGACAUGAUGAUGUAGGCUAUAUACCCAUCUACAUAGCUGUAUUUACUUUUGUUUUUUUGUUUUGUGUAUAUGCUUCUGAUGAACAGAAAAGAGAGCUCCCUCAAUGCUUGUGAAGAAAAUGAGGUCUUGUAGUCAUUCCCCUAAGCUUGUAAAAAAAUGCGUUACAUGUGAUUCCUUUAAUAGGACUGUAGUAUGUUCAUUUCAGUAGGCAGGUAGACAUAUCACAGGUAUGUACAAUGCAUAAGCACAUCAUUAUUUGGUGAGUAACAUCAGGAACACUAGAUUUACAAAGACAAUGUAUCAAGUCAGAGAUUGCAAUAACCAAUAAGUAUUUUAAGCAUGGCACCUUG